AUGUCUUUAAUUUUUAUUUGCAAACAAUCAACUACUUUGUAGUUCAUAGCUUUUGAAAAAUUUCUUAUCUCAAAAAUAGAUCUACUUAUUUAUGCUUUAUAGCUUAUAUAAAUAGUUGUCUUUGGAAUCGCCUCUAUAAAUAUUAUAGUAGAAUAUUUUUAACAGAUUUUUACUCUUAUUAUUGCAAUAUUAAACAUUUUUAAUCAAUUACUAUCUUAAGGAUUUAUUUUUAAAUAUUAAAGAUAUCUUCUUUACAUAAUUAACUCUUUUUUAAUUAUAUAUUCUUUAUUCAAAUUUAUUGAUCUUAUGAAUAAUGUAUUAUUAAUUUUACCUUUGUUAAUAAGUUUGAUCAUCUAUGCUGAUUCAUAAUAAUAACUAAAUAGUAUAUAUUCUUUAUUCAUUUAAAACACUCCCACUUUAACUUUAUACGUCUAUCACCUCUUAAAAAUAUGUAAUAAUUGCCAUUAAAUUGAGAUUCCAUAUUUUUAAACCCUUUUCAUUUGGAAUCAACAUAAAUUCAAAUGUAAAGAUAUAGGUUGCCUAUGUAAAUAAUCAAUUUAAUUUGUUCUGGAUCCUAAAUAAACAAUAAUCAUCACUGAACCAAUUUUUAAGACUUUCAUUUACAGAAAAAUUAAUCAUAUUAAAAAAAUAAUCUACUCUGAUAAAUAAAUUGAAAAAAAUGAUGUUGCCUUUUAUCAAAUUGUCUAAAAUACUUUAUAUAUCAGAUAGGGUUUCAUGAUGAUGGCAAUCAAAAAUUUUAAUAAGAUUUUAAUUAAAUUUGAUGAUUAACCAAAAGAUAGAAUAAUUGAUUAACCAAUGACUUAAAUAUUUUCAAGAAGAAGGACUAAGAGCCAGGUUGAUACCUAAAUUUAAGGAAUUAUUAAUAUCUAAUAAUAAAAAGAUGAAAAAUUUGAAAAAAUUAGUAAGAAUUUUUAAAUUUCUAGUCUUGAAUUAAUAAAAGUAUAAUACAGAAUCAAAUAAGCCUAAAUAUAAUUAAAUGAAAACUUUAGUUCACAUGUUUGCAGUCCAUAAGAAUAUAAAAUGUCAAAUUUUAUUUAUGAUUAUUUAAAUAAUGAAUUUGAUCUCAAUGAAAUGACAUCAAAAUUUAUUAAUUUAGUAAAAAUGAAAAUUGAAUUUUAUUAAUAAUUGCUAAAUUCAGAAUAUUUAAAUGGAAAUUAAAUAUUUCUUUCAAUGAAGAAAUUCUCAAAAAAUGUCUAAUAUUUAGAGAAAUUACUACUAAGUAAAUAUUUAGCAUAUCCAAGUGCCAAAUUGCGGUCUUUAAUAUUAUUUUUUUACUCAGAAAUUUAUAAUAAUUAUUUAAAGGCUUAAAACUUUAAAAAAAAAAAUAAUAUUUAACAACACAAAUUUAUUCAUAGAAAUUAAUCUAUUGACUUUUAUUCAGAUAAAAUUGGAUAUGUUUUGCUCUAAUUGUAGGACGAUUUAUAAAAUUUAAAAAUAAAAUCAUUUUCAAACAAUUUUAUAAAAAUAAUUGGUAAAUAAAAUGGGGAUGAUUAAUUACAUUUCUACCAAAUUUUGCCUGAAUUUAUAAAGGAUGCACAUCCAAUUUUAGUUUAAAGGUUUAUUUAAAGUGGCAUUGCACGGUUUUACAGAAAUUUAAGUUUAACAUUUAUCUAAUAAGAUAAUGGACUUGCUAAAUAAAUGGAAUAAAGUUUUGAUACAAUCGCUUUGAUGAAUGAUAAUAAAGUUAUUUUUAGUGCAAUUAUUUAAGAUGUUAUAGAUUAGAAAGCUUAUUUGUUAGUUAAUGUUAAUGGUCUUCUUUCAGGGAUGACAUUUAUGUGUUUAAAAAAGCUUGGAUUUACUUCCUAAGAAAUCUCAAGUGUAAAUAGUUUCUAUUCAUUUUAUGAAAUAGAAAUAAAUUAAAUAGUUCCUAAUUUUAGACAACUAAUUGAAACUGAUUUUUAAGAAUAAAAGUUUGAUAAUAUAAAAUUUUUAUUUUUCGACAUCACUUGCUAUUCUAAAGAUAUUGUUCAUAAAUAAUCUUUAAGGGAAUCAAAAUUUUGUAAAAUUUGGUAAGAUAAUUAAUUCGUAAAAGAAUAUUUAGUGAAUUUAUUUAUUAUGAAAAGGAAUGUAUUUGGAUUUUUCUAUUAUAUUAUUGAAAUUGAAUCAGCUUAUUAAAUUGAUUGUUCUUAAUAAAAUAGAAAUCCUGAAACAAUUAAAUUAUCAAAAAGUAAUUCUGAAUCAGGUAACUUUGAUGUUGCUUCAUUAAUUCUUUCUCUUGAAGACAAUUUCUCAGAGAGAAAAGCUAAUUUAUCGAAAUAGUAAACAAUAAUUUAAACAAAUUAAGUUACAAAACAUUUAGAAUUUUAAAGAAAUUUUUAACCUGAAAUAUUGUCACCUAAAGGAAAUAGCAAAUCAAAUUUAAUAGAAAAAAAUCCAUAAACAAUUUAUUCUUUACAAAGAAAUUAUAGGUAAUAUUAACAAGAUUUUUUUUGUUAAUAGCCUUUAGAGUAUUUAGCUGAACAUUCUAGUUAAGAAAUGAAAUCAUAAAAUUAGAACUAAUUUGAUGUCGUUUAUGACAUGAAUUCAGAAUCAAGUAUAAAUUCUAUUAAGAAACCUUCUUUUAUUUAGAGACUUGAAACAAUAGAACGAUUCUCUUCAAAUUUUAAUUUUUAGUAAUAAAAAAUCCUAUUAUUUUUCCUUAUGUUAACUCUGAGUAUAUAUUUUAUUUUUAGUGUAUUGAUACUAUUACUCUUAAAUACGGAUCUUGAAAGCAAAAUUUAAGAUGUUGAAAUGCUUUCUUUUUAAGCUAAUAUAAUUGCACCUUAUGAUAGAUAUUUGGGUAUCAGAGCUUAAAUUUAUUAUUAUUAAAGCCUAUAUAGUUCUUAGAAAAUAAGUAUUUAGGAAUAAAGAGAUUUAGUAGAACCACUUUAUUCAAUCAUAGGAGUUUGUUAUAACGAACUAAAAAUAAAUUCAUUCUAAUCUUUAUCUGAAAAAAAAUUAAAAGAAUUUUUUGAGGAUCUAUAUACAAAUGCCUUCUUUAUGGGAACAACAGAUAAUAUUAUUUAUUCAAAAAAUAUUACAUUUAGAGAAUUUAUACAUCAAUUAUUGAAUUAUUAAUACGAUUAUAAAAUAAUAUUUGAUAAGAGAAUUCCAACUAAGGGUUGUCCAUGUUAAGUUUUUCAAUUUUCAAAUUAUUUUAAUCUUUAAGAGAAUUUAGAAUAAAUGUCUCAAAAGAUUUUGUAAUUUUCAAAUACAAAAUCUUAAUAAAUAUCUGAUAAAUGGAUAAAAAUCUAUAUAGCUUAUUUAGUUCUUUGUUCCCUUUUAUGCUUUUUGAUUUAUUGGCUUAGAUCAUAACUUAAUGUUUAAAUCUAUACAAUAAUGGAAUUAGUAACACAUAUUUAAGAACAAAGUCUAUAAAGAGAAAUUGAGAAUCAAAAGGCGUUGUUAUUAAAUAUUUCAUAGAAAUAAGAUUUAACAUCUUUAGAUUAUCCAGAAAAAUAGUGUUAUGAUAUAUAAGAAAUGAAUGUCUAAAAAGAAAAUCAGUAUUAUCGAAAGUAAAAGAGAAAGAGGCUUAAUCGAAUCUCCAAUUUAAAGUCGAUAUUAUUUUCAACAAUAUUUUUAGGUUUUUAUUUUUUUUAUUCAAGUUUUGUAAUUUUUUCAAGUUAAAAAUUUCUAAGUCAAUACGAAUCAACAUCAAAUUUUUAUAAAUUAAUAGCAGAUUUAUCAUUUAGAAGUGGAAAUAUGUUUUUAUAUCGAGAAAUGUUUAUGUUAUGGGGAAAUUUAACAUAUUUAAAUAAAUCUGAUGGAUUGAAGUUGUACAAUUUAAUAAAGAUUGCUUAAAAUACAAUUUUGGAGUAUUUAGAAGUAGCUCCAAGAGCUAAUUAAGAUAGUCUUUUAGUAUCUGAAAAUUUUAUAAAUUUCUUUUAAGAAGUUUAAAAUAAAGAUGUUUGUAGUUUUUUAGAUAAAGAAUAUUCUUAAGUAUUAGGAUAAUAUUGUUUGAAAGCUUUUGAUGGUUCUUUCAUAAAAGGAAUGUUGGCAACUCUUACUUAUAUUCGUCAAUCAAUUGUUAACUAAUAAGCUAUGAAUAAUUUUACAUUUAGAGCUGAAGAUAUCUAUUAUGAAAUUGAAGGAGGAUAAAUUGUGAGUAGAGUAUUUUCAUACAUGAAUAAGUAAUUAUAAAAAGGGAUUAUUACUAAGACAGAAAAUUAUUAAUUUUAAAAUUAAGUAAUUAUUAUUCAUUUAAAUAUUUUAGCUUUUAUCAAUAUUUUUUCUUGUUGCUCUUUUUUUAAUCUUAAUUUAUUUUCUAUUUUUUUAUUAUAACAAAAUCAAGUCAAAUCUCAAAAUGAUGAAAUUUAGUGUAUUAUUGAUUCCUAGCUAAGAAAUUAUUCAAAAUGAGUUGUUUGAAAAGUACAUAAAAUAAAUUGAAAUUAAAUUAGGGUAUAAAAUAUGA